UUGAAAGCGACUCAUGUAGAGAACUUUGUUGAACCUCAUUGUUGAGGCUGACAGUUCUGAAAGGAGCUUUGGGGCAGCCUGCUAUAAAACGCCUCUCCCCUGAGUAGAGGGGCCAGAGGAGUAAAGCUAGUCAUUCAGAUUGGAACCUAUCAGAUCCUCACUUGUUCUUGACGGAGUAUUUCAACAGAUCGUUUCGUGUUGCGUUAUACUACAGACGGGACCAUGAUGAUCCCAAGCGUCCUUGCGCCUAAUGCGAUGUACCCAGGCCUUUACCGCCCCUCCGCCUCCAUGCCGCUCCAACGGUCUCUGCAGAACGCGUUUCCAACCCACUCCAGCUUUCUAGUGGAGGACCUGCUGCGGAUAAGCAGGCCGGCGGAGUACCACUUCAGCCGGACGCUCCCCUCAGCAAGCGUCUCCCCGGCGACAACCACCACAACCAUGUCCUUCAGUGCCAUGCCACAGGAGCGCAUCGUCUCUCCAACUGCCUCGACGCGUGAAUCAUGCUCUCCGAAAACGUCACAACCGAGUAGUAAAGACCCAACUUAUCUUAAAUUUGGAGUCAGCGCAAUCCUGGCACCAUCACCAAAGACCGCAUCGCUGCCCCCCGCCAUCCACCACAGUAUGCACCCCAAGGCCUUCUCUCUCCCCUACUUCGACGGAUCCUUUCACCCCGCCUUCUUCAGGUCGACAUAUUUCCCAGCAUCUUCAUCGGUCGUGCCCAUCCCAGGGACCUUCUCUUGGCCACUGGCCAACAGAGGGAAGCCGAGGAGAGGGAUGCUCCGACGGGCAGUAUUCUCUGACGUGCAGCGCAAAGCUCUGGAGAAGAUGUUCCAGAAACAGAAAUACAUCAGCAAACCAGACAGGAAGAAGCUGGCCUCAAAGCUCGGUCUCAAAGACUCGCAGGUUAAAAUCUGGUUCCAGAACCGCAGAAUGAAGUGGAGGAACUCUAAAGAGAGGGAGCUCCUGUCUUCAGGAGGUUGUCGCGAGCAGACCCUGCCCACCAAAACGAACCCACACCCAGACCUCAGCGACGUCGGCAAGAAGUCCUCCGCGGAGGAGGACGAGAUGGAAGAGAACCCAUUCGGCGCUAGAGGCGCGCCUGGCCUUUGCCAUUCCCCCGCAGCGGGGCACGAGCUGUCCAACAGCGGCGGAUCGAACCUCUCGUCGCCAUCUCUCUCCAGCAAGCACUCGGAAUUCUCAGAAUCAGAUGAAGAAGAGAUCACAGUUUCUUAAUUGAUUUAUAAAAACUCAGAUAUGUUUAUAAAAUGGUUAUCCACAGGUUAACUGUACCUAUGUGACCAUGUUUGCAAGAGUCUGUAUCCCUUAAUUUAGACCCAACUACUAAGAAAUGUAUUUAUUUCAUAUUCCACAAUAUUUUCAAACAAUGAACUUCUGUCAAAUCAAUUUAGGCUACAUCCAUGAUUAUUUCUUUUAAAAAUAAAGGCAGGGUUUAUUUUAUAGAAAGGGCCGGCUCUAGCCUUCUGGGGGACCCUAAGGGAGAUUUUGUUGGGGGGCCCCCACCAAGAGGGCUUUUUUUUAGUGGCUCCCCUCUUGACAGCAGUGUUUUAAAGUGCAUUUCCUUUAAUUCUACACAUUUUGACAUGUGGCGAAUGGAAAAUGUUGCAGUUAUAAAGAAAGUUUUCAGCAGGUCUAGACACUUUGCCAUGGGGUGGAAAGAAAAUGUGGCAUUUUUAUAACACAUUUCAUGCAAUUCUACUCAUUUUCCCAUGGAGUUGUAAGACAUUUUUGCAGCUUUAAAGCCAUUUUUUGGAGUUCUACAUAUUUUGCCAUGGUGUGGAGAGAAAAUAUUGACAUUUUAUAAUAAUGUCAUUAAAUUCUACUCAUUUUGCCAUGACAUGUCAUGUUAAUGAUAGCUGAGUUAGAGUGAUUAAUGGGGCUCUGGGCUCGGUCGGAAUUCGGCCAUGAUUUUCUACAAGUUUAGAUGACUGGUUAGACUAACUUACCAAUCUAAAAAUUGUUUGCAGGAAUGGCUAAUUGAGUGACUGUCAGUGACUGACAAAACAAGAGAAGAGCUGCUGAUGCACAACCAAAUUUCAA